UUUUUUUUUAUUUUUAUUUCUCCCCCGAAAAUUUAUUCUCUCUUUCUUCCUUCCGUUUGAUUACGCCGUCCGAUUAGCUCUCAACCGCCGAUAAACUCAUCACUCAAUAGAUCUUGAAACCAUUACUCGCUUUCUUGCUUCCUCCUCGUGCUCAAGAUUCUCUCUCUCCCUCUCUCGUUUCCUUGACGAUUCUAGAACUUUGAUUCGAUUAAUUUGAUUCCUCCUUCUCGAACGGAUGAUGAUACACGAGGUGGAGAUUGCGAGGUAGAAUCGAAAGGAGAGUUAAGGAUAUGGAUGAUAGAGAAGGCUCGUUCGUUGCCGUUAGGCGUAUUUCUCAGGGUCUCGAACGUGGAAGCGUUUACAAUUCCUCAUCUGCUGAGGGUGUGCCUGGAUCAGCAGCUUGGUUAGGCCGAGGUCUUUCCUGUGUUUGUGCUCAGCGAAGAGAUAGCGAUACUAACUCCACCUUUGAUCUUACACCUGCUCAGGAGGAAAGCUUGCAGAGUUUGCAGAACCGUAUUGAUGUAGCUUAUGACAGUACAAUACCUCUGCAUCAGGAAGCUCUGAGGGAUCUGUGGAAACUUGCCUUUCCUGAAGAAGAGCUUCAUGGAUUGAUAUCUGAGCAGUGGAAAGAGAUGGGUUGGCAGGGCAAAGAUCCGUCUACUGAUUUUAGGGGUGGUGGCUUCAUAUCUCUUGAAAAUUUGCUGUACUUCGCCAGAAACUUUCAGAAAUCCUUCCAGGACCUUUUGAGGAAGCAGGUUGGGGAUAGGUCCGUAUGGGAAUACCCUUUUGCUGUUGCUGGUAUCAACCUAACAUUCAUGCUCAUUCAGAUGCUUGACCUUGAAGCAGUAAAACCACGAACAGUUGUUGGGGGAACUUUUCUGAAGUUCCUUUCUGAGAACGAGUCUGCCUUUGACCUUCUAUAUUGCAUUGCAUUCAAGCUAAUGGAUCAGCAAUGGCUUUCAAUGCGUGCCUCAUACAUGGAGUUCAACACGGUGAUGAAAUCAACGAGGAGACAGCUGGAGAGAGAGCUGAUGCUGGAAGACAUAAUGCAUCUUGAGGACUUGCCUUCCUACGCCCUCCUCUCUCAAUAGCCUUUUAAGAGUUUUCUAACCUCAACACUCCCGCUUUAAUAACACAAAAGGUUGCUCGCUGCUGCCUCUUCUUUGAUCUUUUUCUUCUACUGUUUGUUGGUUGGCUAUAUGAAACAGCUCUAAAACUGAGUUGUUGUGGUUAUAUUAAAACAAGGAAGAGGGAGAUAGAGAAGGAGGUUGUGGGAUAAAAUCUCAAUUUGGUUGUGGGUUUGGAAAGUGAGUUUGUAACAACGUUUGAGGGUUUUUAGUUACUGGGUGUUGAUUGAUCUUUGAUUGGGUAAUGUUGUGUGUGGGGGAUAUCAAAUCAGUUGGCCUAAACUUCUUCAUAUAUUUGGUGUGUUAGCCGGUUGGCUUAUCAAAAGUUGCUUAGAUA